AUGGCUGAUCCUUUGGACUCCGAUGGGAGCCUUGAACUCGGGCGUGCUGUCUCGACUACAACGCCCAGAGUGAACAUAGAGAUAGCCGCAUGGAAAUCGGAUGCAGCGUUCUCAAGCAACGAUCAUGUCACUUAUCCCACACAAUCUCACGGCAAUCCUCUGUCACGACAGUCUCCUACGGCAUCAAGUAAUCAAAAACUUGGACUAGACAUCCCGGAUGGGGUCAGCGCCCAUACACAGAACGAUCGAGGCUACGCUGCGGCAGUAGAGGUCUUCAACUCGCUAUCGCCCCGCUCCCAUGGCAUUCCAAAGAGUACGGAGGAAAGUGACCUGAAGGGAAUAGGGUCCCAUCUAAUACAUGGCACCUCAACCCACAGCGACACAACAGUUGUCGCAUCGAUGAGUCUUGAAGUCAGCAACUGCCUCACGUAUUAUGCUGGAAAAGAAGACGGGCCGGACUGGCUCCCUGUGACGGAUCUGCUCAGAAUCUUCACUAGAGGCUCUGUGCUUCAAGCUCUACAAGAGGUUCUUCCCAGCGAAGAACCAUUUGGCAUGACUCUGCAGACGUAUGCAGGAAAGAUUUGCCCUGAUCCGGAUUCAGAUAGCAGCGUCGGCUCGCGGAGUUUGUUCGCCAUUCUUGUUCAUCUGGGGAAAGUAGAAGAGAUACGGGAGUUCAUCGACCGAGAUCUCACGGACGACAACCUGCCGUUUGCCAAACAACCUGGAGCAAAGGAUCCCAUUGGCCGACUUUACCCAAAGGAUCUUCCUGUUGGAGAGCUAGCUUGCUGGGACUUUGGAAUCGAAACAAAAUACCACACUACGACCUGGAAACCGGAACCGUUCUUCCAUUCAUUAAGGAUUACGGACUGA